CUGGGGGAAAAAAAAAAGAAAAGGGGGUCAGAGUCGAAUUGUCCGCGUCUGUAAUGGAAAUGUACAGCGCGGGAGGAGGGCUACUCCACUGCUGUAAUUAAAGAUUCGGCUUUGAAACGUGAAUAUGGUGGGAGAGAGUGAUAGAGAGCAGCUCGGCAUCUUCCGCUGCUGAACAAGGCUCGGGUUGUUGUUGUGUAUUAAACAUCCGGAGGAGGAGGAGAGGCGCUCAGGAGUGAGCUGUGUGUGAGAGAGAGAGAGAGAGAGAGUAAUGCUUCCUAUGUUCCGAAGGGAAGAUGGAUGAAUAAGGGAAGAUGGAUGAAAAGUCCAACUACAGUCGUGUGCUGGUCGGGCUGCUCAUGCUGCUGCUGUUCGCCGUCAUUGUGCUGCAGUAUGUGUGUCCCGGUUCCGAGUGCCAGCUGCCCCGCUUGGGCUCGGUGUCGGAGCGCGGCGAUGGCGGUGAAGGCGACCCGUACGGGCCGGAAGACGGGGCGCUGGCGCGCUUCGUGCCGCGCUUUAAUUUCACCCCGCAGGACCUCAACCGCGUCGUCGACUUCAAUAUCAAGGGCGAUGACGUGAUCGUGUUCCUGCACAUCCAGAAGACCGGAGGCACCACGUUCGGCCGCCACCUGGUCCGCAACAUCCAGCUCGAGCGCCCGUGCGAGUGUCACGUCGGGCAGAAGAAGUGCACGUGCUUCCGGCCGGGGAAGAAGGAGACCUGGCUGUUCUCGCGCUUUUCCACCGGCUGGAGCUGCGGGCUGCACGCGGACUGGACCGAACUCACCAACUGCGUCCCGGACAAGAUGAACAGCCGGGAGGCUUCCCAAACCCGCAGGAGCCCCAGGAACUAUUACUACAUCACGAUCCUGCGGGAUCCGGUGUCGCGUUACCUGAGCGAGUGGCGCCACGUGCAGCGUGGUGCCACAUGGAAAGCCUCGCUGCAUGUGUGUGAUGGCCGGGCACCUACUCUGGCAGAGCUUCCCAGCUGCUAUGCAGGUGACGACUGGUCAGGUUGCUCACUCGCCGAGUUCAUGGCGUGCCCCUACAACUUGGCCAACAAUCGGCAGACUCGCAUGCUGGCUGAUCUGAGCCUCGUGGGCUGCUACAACGCAUCAGUCAUGAGUGAGCAGCAGCGGGGCGCCGUGUUGCUAGAAAGUGCCAAGCGCAACCUCAGACGCAUGGCUUUCUUUGGCCUGACUGAGUACCAACGCAAGACGCAGUACUUGUUUGAGCAGACAUUCCGCCUGGCCUUCAUCGCACCCUUCACACAGCUCAACGGCACACGUGCAGCCAGCGUCGACGUGGCACCCGAGACACAGCAGCUUAUCCGUGAACUCAACGCUUGGGACAUGGAGCUGUACGAGUACGCACGCGACCUCUUCCUGCAGCGUUUCCAGUAUGCACGGCAGAAGGAGCGACGUCAGGCUCGCCAACGACGCCAACAAGAGAGGCGUAGGCUACGUGCCAAGAUGCCAUUCUGGACAGGGGGGAAGGAUAUUAAGCCCACUAAAACCCCACCACAAACCGAGCAGUUCUUAGCCACCAGGCGUACUGAGCCAAAACAGGACGAGACGGGGAAAAUGCUGGAAGAUGAUGCUGGAGUGGACUUGGAUCCAUGGUGGGAGGCGGAGGAUGAUGAGAAUGAAACCAUAGAGGACUAUUUGAACAAUGUGGAGCAGUGGUGAUGACCCAGUGGGCAUUGGGGGGGGGAAAAAUGGGUGGAAUUGCUCACCUUCCUAGAUUCUCCACUAGGUUACCAAGCAAUGCAUUGUCUACUCAUUCAACCCCAGAACACUAAUUUUAUGUUCUAGAUUAGCACAUGGAAAAAAGUGUGUGUGUGUUUUGUGUCUGAUAGACGCAAGUAGGUGCUGACUGAGUUUUGCUGGUGUCUGCCUUGUUUUUUUUUUUUUAAAAACAAAAUCCAUGUGCACUGCAAUCAUCCCUAUGUACCCGUGUACCUUAAGGUCCUUAACAGAAUUUUAUGUUAAAAAUGCUAUUGAAUCAAAGAAGUUUGUUUCUUUCUGGUUGCUUUUUUUUUUUUUUUUUUUUAACUUUCACUACGACAUUUGAUUGUAGGUGGCGGUGUGAUAUUUUCUAGCAUUCUUACUGUACUGAUUAUGUAGCCUCCGGCUUAAAUUUAAAAUCUUGUAGCAAAUCGCGUUAUUUGUAAUUCCUUAACAUAAGCUAUAUUACAAAUUGUAUAAACAAAUAAAUGUGUGAAUAUGCUGGUAA